AUGACAAAUCUUUCUAAGUCAUCGAAUGAAUCUACGCCUUCUAAAGAUAGGCCAGAUAAGGGAAACCAUGAACAAUUAAAUUCACCAAACAUUCCAUUAAUGAAAUAUACCAACAAAAAGAAUAGCAAAGCAAAAAAAUCUCAACAAUCGAGUGGGCCGUCAUACAUUUUGCAAAAAAAAGCUGAGCUUGUACGAAAGAAGGCCUUGUUAUCUAAUGUCAUUAGGGCACAUCCAGAAAAGCAAAAUCCAGCUAAUUUUAAAAUAGAUCGUCCAUCACAACUUACAAACGUGAGCGAUAGUGGAUUACUAUCGCUCCUCAGAUCAAAAACUGCAUUUGGUAAAGCUAUCAGAAAUGACUUGAUAGAAACACCAAAAAGAAAAGUGCCUCUUCUUGUAACUGGGAAACAAAGUAAAAGUGUAGAACAUAGGAGAUAUAUCAAUAAACCUAACAUAGUCAGAUCUUCCUCCACAAUCGAUGCUCAUAAUGAUAGAAUAACACCACUUCCAAAACUACUAGUAGUAGAUAAGACAUCCGAAAAUAACGAAACUACUGAAAAAAAUAAUAAUACUAAAAGCCCAACUUCUAAAGGUGAUGAAAACGAAACAAAAGAAACACCUCUUAAUCCAGUUCCCUUUCAGAGAGGUCCUACUUCAUUUUUAUCAAAUGUAAGAAAUAUGAUACGAAAUAAUAAGAGCAGUGCAGAUCAUUCUCAUCCUUCGACAGCAAAGCCAAAAGUAAUUACUUCAAAAACGCCAUUAAAAAUUGUUCCUGCAGUACCUGACGUAUUUUCAGGAAGUCCGAAAGCAUCCGAGAAUGGAUCAUCAGAUUCGUCUGAUAUUAGUGCCGAAGUGAAUACGGCAUUAAAUAGUCUUUCCCUCAUACCGACUAAUACCAAAAAAGAUGUCGGCGACGAAAGAACUAUAUCUUCUGAAGAGCUAGAAACAGUAUUGCCAAAACAUUCAAAUGUAGAUGAGGUAGAUUCUAGCAACGAGAGAGCUAAGGAUGAUGUAACUAGUUCCGAUAUGCCUACAAAUAUUUCGACACCUUCUAAAAUAACGUCAGAACAAGAAGAAGGAACUGAAAAUAAGAAUAAGGUAUCAAAUGCGCAAAUAGUCAGUAAUUUACCUAAAAUUCCACCAACGAACGGAUUGCUUCCACAAGUUGAUACAACAGCUUCUAACAUCCCUUCAAUUUCGGCACCUGAUAAAAAAACAGCAACAAUUCAAGAAGAUAUUGAACAUGAAGAUAAAGUGUCAAAAGAAUCAAUAAUUACUCAAUCAGCUAAAAAUAUAUCGGAAAAUGAGUCUGCUUCACACAUUGCUGAUGUAUCUGGCAUGCCCCUUACAGAUGAAAAUACCAUUGAUGAAGUGAGCCCAAGUUCUACUUUACCCAACUCUCCAGCAUCAGAUACACUCGAGAUACCUAUCAUAUCAUCUAAACUAGAUGAUACCGAUCACGUCGUUGAAGGUAAGACAGAUGCGUUGAGCAGCGGUAAAGAUGAAGGAAAUACACUGGAAAGUAGCUCUAACAAGUUUCUUUCUCAAAAUAUCACGACAAAACAAAAUAAUGUGGAAGCACUCACACCUAGUAAUGAAGCAAAUAUUGAUAAACAAGUACAGGAUGAAGGUUACAAACAUGGUGUAAAUGCAAACAAACAUUCCUCAGGCACUGCUAAAGAAAAUGCUGUUGCAAAUAUAAACAUACCGCCUGCUACUAACACUUUCGAUAAGACUAAAACAAAGAAUAUUAUUCCGCAUAAGGCUAUCCAAUCUAAAGCAAACUUCGAGAGAGUAGUAGCAGAGUCUAGCCUUCGAUCUCGUCUCACUGAACUAGUUAAAGAAGUUGACCUUGAAGAAAGAACAACGAAAGAAAAAGAUGAACAACCGCACGUUUCUAAUUUCACUGGUGGCCUAUUAUUUUCCAAUCCUGGCUCUGUGGCGCCACCCAAGUCGGCUGCUGAUAGAAAUAGCGGUGGCGUGAUAACUGCAUCUGAAAAGCAUGAAUUCACUCAAGCUCCUGAACAUAAGGGUUCACUUCAAAACCAAGAUGCACCAGCUAUACCGACAAAUCUAAGUUCUGUGAAACCUAGUAUUAAAUAUUCUAAUGUUCAGGCAUCAGUUUCAACUCCGAAGAAUACGAAUUUACCUAUUUUGCCUUUUAAACAUAGCGACGUAAUUCUUCCAGCUCCCAUUUUAACUGUUCAAACUGAUAGACGAAAGGAUGUAGAAAUCUCUGCGGAACCGAGUGUGGAUGUGGAUAUGACUGUAGAGAACGUUAUGAACCGUUCCCAAACCAAAGCUUCCUUACCAAUUCUCCAAAAUAAAAACUCACUUACUCUGCCGUUUAACUUUUCUGAGGAAAUAUCUCCAAAUCCAAUUCCGACUGCAGAACUUGAUAGUGGAAACCAUAUCGGAAGAGAGGGCGAACAGGAUACAAGGUCCAGAGUAAAAACCCAGACUAAUAUGCCUUUAUUUGUACAAAAUAAAACCAACUCGACUAAAUUAGGAACUACAAAUUCAAGUAUGAAGACAGUUGAAUCAAAGGAAGAAGUUGGUUCAAAGUCGAAACUUAAUGCAAUGGAGAGGAAAAGAAACAAUGAUGAUAUUUUAGAAUCGACUAAAUCGAAAUGGAGUAAAGUAUUAUGGGAAGAACCAGAGUCCACUUCAUCACAAAAGAAUGCACUAUUACAACUGUUCUCCAAUGUUUACAAUUCUUCAGUAGCAAGCACUUCAAAAACAAAAUCAUUGGCAUCGGUUCUGAAUAAAUUUACAAAUAAGAGCACUAACACUGCUGCUACAAAAAGUAAUAAUAAUGAGGGAAAUACUUCAUUUAUCAAAGAGAAUAAUACCAUAUUUCCAUCAACCCCAAAACCUCAUCGUCUAAAAGGCUCAAUUAUUUCUUAUUCAGGAUCAGAUGUUCCCAAACUUGAACCGAUAUCACCUGUUACUACGGAUUUUAGUACAGCAAAAAUGGAAAUUAUCUAUAUUCCUGAUGGAGCUGAGGAGGAAGCAAUGAAGCAUGGAUCCAAUAAAGGCUCGACAGACGUUUCCAGCGACUCCUCUGAUGAUUUCGAUGAUAUUGAAAUCCUAGAUUAUAUUAAAAAUUCGUCUCCGGUAAAAGGGAAAACAUUUGAAGCUGAACUGGCUGCUUCACAAGAAGCUCCUGCUGCCAUCGAUCCUUACACAGAAAGAAAGAUGCAUGAUAGAAUACUGGCAAUUGGUGUAAUGGAAAAAUUAGCAGCUAAAACAGUCUAUGACAAGAAUUCAAUUUCUGAUCUAAUUGAAUGUGGAGUGGUAAAGCAUGUACCAUUCGUUGAUGAUCCAAAAUCCAGUGUGACGAAUAAUAUCUGUUCGUAUAACAAUUACGAAACUUCACAUGCUUUUUUCUAUCAACAGCUCCAUAAAAGGGAUAAGCUUGAAUAUAUUCCUAUUGAUAUUCCUAUAAGUGAAGAGUAUAGGAAGUCGCACCCAGUUUUGAAGUUGGAGGACCUUAGAAAUCAUAAAUUAGAUGCACUAACAAAGGUAGCAAGACCUACCAGUGCUUCCAAUUCCAGUGUUCAAGCAGAUAAAAGUUCUAGAGGUAUAUGGAGGAAUGAAUGGAGGGAAACCUUGAAGAACGCCACCGUUUAUAUGGAUCCCACUUAUCCAAAUAAUAUUACAGAUUCAGAGAAGCGCACUGUCGAUGAAGAAUUUGAUAAAAUUAGAAGUAUAUUUGAAACUGAAUUUCAUGUUCAAUUUCUAGCGGCUUUUACUACCCCAGCUCCGAACAUCGUCGUCAUCAAGGGAUCACCAAAAGAUUUCGGUGAUGAAGAGCAUUUUAAAAGAUAUGAGAAAACUGUUAGAGAAUCUCCUGUUGGUAGAAAAUUAAGAAUUUGGUCAACCGAGAAAACUUUACGUUUUUUUGGUAAUAUGAAUAUCGAUUUUGAGAAAUUGAAAUUCCCAACUACAAUGAAUGCGGAAGGUGUUCCAAAACAUGAUGUAACUAAUGUAUCGGAAUCCAGUGAAGAAGCAGAAAAUGAGAUUGAUGAAGGUUCUCCUGACUUUAGAAACUAUCCAUCAAGUAGUAUAGGCCUAUUAGAUCACACCAUCAAACCUAAGGAAGUUAUCAAAGAGGAGUCCCUUAAAGGGAAUAUUUAUCCUAGCGAAGGUGUUGUAACCGCUAUUAGAGAAAUACCGCAACCGAUAUAUCAAAAUGUACAAGGGCCAGCUGUUAUUUCGAUUAAAGAUGAAAGUAGGCAUAAGAAAGUGCAACAUGAGCAAACUCGUGAGGAGGAUAUGCUUGUCUACUUCGAGGGCUUGAUCGAGAACCUCUCUAAGAAUAUGGAGAGCAGAAACCAAGAAAUCCUUAAAUCUCAAGAGAUUAUUAAAUCGUUAUCUGGAUUAGUUAUGGACAAUGAAGUUAAAUUGAUAUCACAAACCGCUGAAGUAAAGAGAGUAGAAAAAAUUGCUGAAGAAAAUGAAAAAGAACUCAGAAGAUAUAAGCACCUUUUGAAAAAAAGGGAUCAUAAAGUUAAGAAACUUACAAAGAGACUUAUUUCUAUGCAACUGAGCACAGAAACCCAUCAGAAAACAGACAAAAAACUUAAGAAACUAUUGAGAAAACUUGCUCAAAAGGAGCGACAAAUUAAACAAUUAGAAAAGAAGUGCUCAAACAGCGAAGUUAAUAGUAAUCCGAAGAAAAGCUCGAAAAAAGAUUUGAAAAGAGGUUUUAAGAAAGAUUUAAAGAAACCGAAAAAUAAGCCAACAUUUUUAUACAAUCUCGAAACUUCGCUUCAAAAAUCCAAGAUGGUAGGGGACAUUUCUCCUAUUAUGCAACCUGUUUAUUUCAGUGACACUAUCGAACAAGAUGGGGCGGAAAUUCCACACAGAGAAGUAAGAAAAAUUCAGCAUGCCUAUGAAUGA